AAAUGAGUAUAUAAUAGUGAUUUCUUAGGUUUAUCUGAUUUGUUUUUGUGUUUUGAUAGACCGACAUUUAAUGAAGCCACCUUUUUAUUAAACAAAUCUAUCCACCAUGCAUCCAUAUAUCCUAUCUUUACCGUUAUUAUUAAUAUUAAUAUAUAAAUUAAUAAAUAUUCAACAUACACUUUUUUUUAUUAAUGGUAAUUGGUACGGUAUAACAAGACUGCCAUCACGAAGUCCAUGACCAUAACCUUUCCAACCAAAUUUUUUUAAAUAUGUUUCUGCAUGAAAUUUUGUUGAUGUAUUGAAUGAUUUUGAUAUAGAAUCUCUUUUUUUGUAUAUUUAAGAAAUUAGUGAGAAACGUAAGUAAUAGAGGUAUACAAUACGCAUAUAAUUCACUUGAUCAACACAUAUACGAUAUAUAAAGUCUUGUUAAUGCGUGAUUUUAUGCUUAAAGUGAUUGAUUAUUGAAUUAUUAGGAAGAGAGCUUAUCAAGGAGUUUCUAGCAUCGGUCUUCUGUCGGCUCAACGUCAAAAAAAUGUUUUAAAUAUAAAAACCAUUAUUAAUAAAAAGAAUUUUAAUAAUUAAGAGAAUAUUCUUUUAUUUUAAGUAGUACUUAUUACAGGUUCUUUUUUCAAGGAAUUUUAAAGGCAUAUUUUAAGUAAAAAUAGGUUUUUUUUUAUGUAAAAAAAACUCUGAUUUAAUUUUUUUAAUAAUCCAGGAUUUAUUCCUUCUAUCUAGAAAAGACACAUGUUUUUGGAGAUAUAUAUUUUGCUUGAUCUUUUAUAUUUGGGUCUAAGCCCUUUACAGUGUUUGAAAAUCAGUAUUUUAGUUAAAAAAAUAUUAUUUGAGAUAUUUUACAUAGAAACAGAAUAUAGACGUCUAUAGACUUUUUGUAGAGCUUUUCACUGAUAUACAACUUUAAAGUUGUUAUUAUGGGUCUAUUAGAUGAUGAAUUGGCUUAUGGUAAAUUAUCAGAAGACCGAUCUCUAUUUAGUAUAUAUCUUACUAGUAAUGGACUCAGCAACAAUACUCAGGGGCAUGAUAUUCCUAGUAUUAAGCAACUGUUAGUAUUAGGAGAGAGUAUUAAAGAACUUUUGGUAAAAAUUCAAAAAAAACAGAGUAUUUUGCAACGAAAAUUCCAAGAUUUUCAAAUAAAAUAUAAAAAAUGGCUCUUACAUGAAUCAGAAAUUAAUGAUCAGGUUUCUCAAAGUGAAACUUCUAUUAUUGUAUCCAAAGAAAGUUCUUCAAAUGAACAUGAUAAUGUAUUUCAAAUAUCCCAAUUGCAAAAUGAAUCUAUUAGAGAAGAAAUAGAAUCUGAAGAAAAAAAAUUAUUGGAACGAAACCCCCCUGAAUUUUUUAAAGAUAUCCAGAUGCAUCAAGAAUCACUUAACACGGUUUUUUCUAACAAAGAAUAUGUUUAUGAUGAAAUCUUAAAAAUUUCGGAUCCUCAAAAGCUUAAACAAUAUUUAGGAGUUUCAUAUUUUCCGACUGUUGAUCUUUCUGAUAAGCUUCCUGGUGAACCUGUUAAUGAGGAUUUCUCUAAAGUUAAAGCACCUACACAAAUAUCUAUAUCUACUUAUUAUGCAUAUCUUGAUUCUUUUUAUCGUCCUUUUUCUGAAGAGGAUCUUCUAUUUUUAAAAGAUGAGGAAGAAGAGUUAACAACGUAUAUGAUUCCUCCAUUAGGCAUAUUUUCUGAAAAUAGCUGGGCUUCAGAAGAUUUAAAUGGUAUGAUUUCUUCUAAUUUUUCUCUUUCUUCUAUUCCAUAUGGAUCUCCUGAUCAACUAACGGAUGAGCAUUUAUUCACUGAGGAAAUAUCAUGUGGUCCACUAUUAGAAAGACUUUUAAGUGGAAUAUUAAAAGAAGAUGUUUUGGAUGAAGAGCAAAAAAUAGAAGAGGAUGAAAAGGAUACAGACUUGUAUAAUUCUGGUUGGAAAAUUCCUACUAUUAAACUAGAUUAUCAUAAUUUUGAAGAAAGGUUAAAAAAAGAGCUUAAAUAUAUAGGUAUAUUGGGUGACGAUGAUAUCAAUUGGAAUAAUCGGGAAGAUGAUGAAAUAUCAUCAAAUUUACGAUCUUUACAAUCUCAAUUGAGGCAUCAAUGUGCAAUCAAUUCAGCAAGAAAGAGUAAAUUAAGAGAAUUGGUAAAAGAACAUCUUGCAUAUCAGGAAUAUUCUAUUAUUUUAAAUGAUCUUAACAAACAAGUUGAGCAAGCCUUUUUAAAAAGAUCUAGGAGUAUUGAAGUAAAAAAGAAAAGAGUAAUAGGAAGCAUAGGUUCUUCUGAUUCUGGCCUUGGAAGAAUAGGAUUAAGUAAUCAUAUACAAACUUUAUUGGAACGAAGAAAAAAAUGGGUUGAAAAAGUGGGUUCAAUAUUUACACCUAUCGAAAAAUAUACACGAUUACCUACAAAUACAAUUUAUGACGAUUUAGAUAAUAUAAAAACAGAUGAAAACAUAAUUGAGAGCGAUAUAUAG